CGGUGUGUGCACGCGCGGCUUUUCCUCCAUGGGGCUGCAGGCUCUUUUCCAGGGCAGGAGGAGAAACUGAGGCACGAAGUAACUGGCCCAAAGACGCGGUGAAACAACACAGGCACCGCGAGGCAGCGAGCGCAGCUCCCGGCGGGCCGUGGCGGGCCGAGGGAGCCGUGCGCGGAGGAGCCGGCGCGGGUGGUGCUCGGGAGCGGCAGCCCGGCCCUGCGCGGAGCGCGGCGCGGCGCGGCGCGGGCGGCGGGAGAGCCGGGCGCGGGGCGGAGGAUGCUCCGCGCUCUCGCUGCCGGGCUGCGCAGGAGGGGAGAGGGGCUUUGAGCCGUCUAGGAGCCGCAGGUGCAGGGCAAGAGCGCAAGGACUGGCUGUAUCGCUGUCACUACAGGACCAUUUCCCUGGCUCUUCUCAGCAUCCUGAAAUCCACUUGAGGCGCCUGCAUGCACGGCUUGGAGGACUGGGGCUCUCAAUCAUAUGGUGUGCAGAUCAGAUCUGGCCCACGUGGUCUAUUAGAUUCUCCAGAAACUUGGACGUCAUCUUUAAAAAAAAAUAUCAAAAGACUGGAAGCCAAAUUCACAGCUACUGUGGGGAAGAGAAAAUAGAAAAGUAUCCACAAAACGUUCUUUUUCUACAGUGCACAAAUCCUGAAUUCAAAAAGGAUAAUUGUGAGGAUUAGAUGAAGAAAAGAGGUUUCUGAGCGUUUAAGGAUGGCUCUGAAAACUGGCUUUGUAUUUAAGUUCAACAGAAAGGGAGAAAAUGAAAUGAAGAAUGAAAGUAUCAGUAGUGGGGGUUCUCUUAGGAGGAGAAAGGCAGGAUUCUACAUUUGCCUUAGGUACCUAUUAGCUUUUCUUUGCAUCUGUCACCAUGACUGCUGCUGAAUUUUUUUGGCCAUGUGAAAAAGUUGAGAGCCUACAGACCUGCACAAUUCCCCUUCCUCUCUGUGCAGCAGCACUAAAUGACACCCCUAUGCCUUUCUGACUGUACACUUCAAGAAUUGAUUGCACCACAUUGCCUCUUUCUAACUUUGCAUUUUAAAUCAUGGCUUUACUAGUGACGACUGCAUCCCUUCCAGCGUAAAGAGAACACAGAUUUCUGAAGUGAAACAAUUGCUAGACCAUAGCUGACAGUCUCUCCAGCCUUAAACUGUGUCUACGCCUGGACUAACCCAGCUGGAAAUCACCAUGGCUUACCCUUUGCUUCAAUCACUUCCCUACUUUCCCCAAGUCACAGGAAUUUCGGAGGAGUCUGACCAUUACUCUUCCUUGUCUAAGCUCAUGUCAGUCUACCAGGCAACCAACAGGACAGCCUUCAAUUGGACAGACAGCCGGAUUGUUGAGUGGGAGAAGUUUGCUGAGCUGGCCAAGUAUGAACCAGAGUCCCAGAAACCCACAGUGAAGGCUCUCCUGAUUGUGGCGUACUCAGUCAUCAUCAUCAUGUCCCUCUUUGGCAACACGCUGGUCUGCCAUGUGGUGAUCAAAAACAAGAGGAUGCACUCAGCCACCAGCCUCUUCAUUGUCAACCUGGCAGUGUCUGAUAUCAUGAUCACUCUGCUCAACACUCCUUUUACGCUAGUUCGGUUUGUGAAUAGCACCUGGGUCUUUGGAAAGGCCAUGUGUCAUAUCAGCCGCUUUGUGCAGUACUGCUCCCUCCAUGUCUCCACGCUGACACUAACAGCCAUAGCCCUGGACAGACAUCAGGUCAUUCUGAAUCCACUAAAGCAAAGGAUGUCACUAACAAAAGGAGCUCUGAGCAUUUCUGUUAUCUGGCUAAUGGCAACAUGCUUCUCCCUACCCCAUGCUAUCUACCAGAAGCUUUUCCAGUAUCACUACAGGGAAGCUACCAUCAGGAGCUUGUGUCUCCCUGAUUUUCCUGAGCCUGCAGAGCUGGUUUGGAAAUACCUGGACCUUGCUACGUUCCUCCUGCUGUACCUCCUGCCUCUACUUAUCAUCACCAUCACCUACACACGCCUAGCCAAGAAGUUAUGGCUGCGCAAUGCUAUUGGGGACAUCACCACACAGCAGUACAUCACCCACCACAAGAACAAAAAGAAGAGCAUCAAAAUGUUGAUGCUGGUGGUGGUAGUCUUUGCUGUCUGCUGGUUCCCUCUCAACUGCUAUGUGGUGCUUAUCUCCAGCCUAGGCAUCAAGACCAAAAACUCGCUCUAUUUUACUCUGCAUUGGUUUGCCAUGAGCAGCACCUGCUACAACCCCUUCAUUUACUGCUGGCUGAAUGAGAGCUUCCGUUCAGAGCUCAAGUCCUUACUCUGUAUGAGCCAGAAAAUGCCACGGACACAGGACAAUGUGCUGCCAGCUGUGAUCUUGCCCUAUCGGGAGGCCUGGAUAGAGCAAGCCAGGUACAAGCAGGGACCUUCCUCACAGAGCAUUCGCUCCACCAUAAAUGUGCAGACAGUCAACACAGAUUUGUGAGCUGGAGUGUCAAGGUGAGUUGGCUGGAUUUGGUAGCAAAGGUCAUUUUCUGUAAUACAUUGUCAGAGUCAUCAGGGUGCUCUAUAGGAUUUGGUCUGGAAUAGCAUUUUUACAUGGCAUUUCAGUGCCACCAAAAAUGCAUUUGCUGGGCACAGGGAACUGAAUUUACCAUUCUAGCUUUUAUUUAUUUAUUUCUAUAUCACAUUAGUGCCCGAAGAACCCAUUUUGCAAAGCAGAAAUACAUCUUGAAGAAAAGCCUCCUGGCUCAAUCUCUAAAUAAAAUAUUAUGAAAAUGUGGGGAGUCACACAGGGGUACAGACUGGUUCAGUGUCCUUGGUCCUAGAACAGUGUGGUGCUGGAACUGGGAACAGAAUCCAGGUCUCCUGGUUCUUAUUCCUAGUCCUGUCUGGGUUAUGAUCCUAUAACUAACCUUGAAUAUUCAUACAGUAUCAUAGAUAUUGGUGGCAACAAUACUGUCAAAUUAAAGGGAUAUUUAAUGUAUUUUGUAAAUCAAAAUAAAUGGGUGUCAGACUAAGUGACCCCGAGGUCUCUUCCAACCCUAGGGGGGUGUGUAGAUGAAACAAGGGACACGUGUGCACAACACUUUAAAGCGGGUUAAAUGCUUUUGCGCCACUUUAAUGGUGUUGGUGUUUGCAUGUGUUGGCGGCAUAUUGUGCAUUAAUUCAAGCCACUGUAGCACAUUCGGUGGCAUAAUGCACCUUAAAUGACUUUGAGGUGCAGCAAAUUAAUAAACCUCCAAGGAGUUUUAGUUUGCUGCUCUACAGGCACAGAGCAAAGCACUAUGCUCUGUGUGGCUCAGGGGCUGUGCAAGCAACCUGUGCAGGCAGCAGCUUGGGAAGGCAGGCUCCACCAAAGGAAAAAAAAAAAAGAAAAAAAGGUGGCCAGCCUGAUCCCCACCCCUGGAGCCUGCCUGCCUGAGCUCACAGGGACCUGGUCCUUCCCUCUGUGGCUGUGGUGCUCCCUGGGACCGCCCAAGCUAGGGACCGCCGGGGCGGGGGCCACUACUGUCAUGGAGGGAAGCACGAGCCCCUGCCCAGCCCCUCCCCAGCUCAGGGACCGCUCCGUCUGCCGGCAGCUCGCCUCUCCUCCCCACUGCCAGAGAGGCAGGUAAGACACGGGUGUACACGACAUGGGGGUUUACUUCACCCUAAAUUGAAGCUGUGUUUUCAAAAACCCACCGCUUCAGUUUAGGGUCCCCAUAUCAUCUAUGCCCUAAGAUUCUAUAUUUAUGGUGAUAAUUUUACCCGUUAUUGAGAUUCAGCCACCUCCAGAAUGAAACCCAGUAAGCUAACUGCAUCUUUGCUCAACAUUUUAGGUCAGGAAGUGAUUAGAGAUGAUAUCCACUGUAGCAAAACUGUAGGUAACCAGGAUAUGUUACCCACGUUGGAAUUUUACCAAAAUACUGUUUCACCAGUGAGCUCAGGGCAGGUUGAGGACACCUGAGUACCUCUAGCACUGAGUUGCUCUCUGAUAAGGAUGCACAGUUACAAUGAAAGGAAGAAUUAGCCCUGCAAUUAGAAAUCUGUUAACAAUUUUGUUUGAUGAUGCAUGAGCUAGCAAAGAACCCAGGUUACUCUCCCAGAGGAAUGUUUGUCCCCUGGGGGGCUAAAAGGAGUAAAAAACAGAUAAAACAGACAUGGGACAGGAAAGUUAUCUGAUUUAUCUCAGAGUACAUGCAGACACAGGGAGCAGACCCCUGGAGUGAGGAGGUUCCAUUGCACAGCAGCUUUUCAGCAGAGAACUGGAAUUUGAAAUUAGGUUCUAAUUUCAUUUAUUCUUUCAGGAUUUAUAAUAACAACAUUAAUUCAACAAUGGAAUUCACACUGGCAGUAAACUAAUGGCCCUCUAUUGAUACAAAACCCAAUGCCUUUAUGUCUUCUAUUUUUCUCCUCAAGAGAAAAAUAGAGGACAUAAAGGUGUCUGGGUUUUAUAUCAAUAGAGGACAGAGGACAACCAGACCGUCCUCUAUGAUGGCCACCCUAUGGUACUCAUUAACUGACAAUUAUUUCACGCAACAGAGUUACAGAUUGUUAUCUAAUAGUUUAUUUUAAGCAACUGCACUUACAGGAGCUUGGUAACAUGAAGGAUUUUUACUUACCAAAAAAAAGGUGCUGGAUUAUUCUGGCUAUGCUUAGGAAAUUCCAUUUGACAUAAGCGCCAUACAGAGAGGAAAACAAAAGGAAAUAAACUAUACAGAAUUGGCGAGAGGGAGAGAGCAUGACAGGGAUAUAAAAAUGAAAAUAAGAGGCACUGUACUGAGUCAGACCAAUGAUCCAUCUAGCUUGGGAUCCUGUCUCUGACAGUGGAAGAAGUGGAUACUAUAGAGGAAGAGCACUGAAAUGGGUAUCUCUAGAGUGAUCUAUCCCCUAAGUCAAUGCUUGCCCUGGCAUCCACUGUUAUGGGUUUAAAGAUGCCAGAGGAAAAACCUCCAACAAAAAAAAAAUAAGAAUAAGAGGAGACAAAAAGAACAAAAACAUUUUUGUCAUUCGUAUGCUUAAAAGGCACGUCUACAUGUACAUUAAUGCACCUUUGCUACUGCACAUUAAGUUUAGUACCUCUUAUAUGAGAUUCUUCUGUGAUGCUUACUGUGCAGUAGACUAAUUCUAUUGCACAUUAGCACAGUUUUUCCUGUGACAUGCUAAUGUGCAUUAAAAUAGGCUACUACACAGUAUGGCAUCUCAUGUAAAUGUGCCUGUGAAAGGAAGGGAGGGGGGCGAGAGAAAAGCCCUGGGAAACUUGAACAGGGAAUACUCACCCCAGGAGCAGAAGGAAGCUCAACCAAAACAGGGAGCACACUGCCAUGUUUCCACGGCAUGUGCUCCAUGCCGAUGGGUGGUGAGAUCAUGCCAAGAGGUAUUUCCAGCCCUGGAGAGGGGCAGUCAGUGGAGGACCUUGGCAGGUAGAUGAGGAAGACACCAGAGGGGAGGAAAAGCGGGACAAGAGCCUGGCUCAAUUUGCCUGGGCCAAUUAUUGGAUGCAGCUUCAAGGCGCCCAUCUCAAUUGUUGUGACCCAAAAGCCAGAGAGCUGUCUGUUUUCUUUUCUUUUCUGUUUGGAUUCAUGGAUAUGCCCCUAAAGGACCUUUUGCAGCUUUUGGUUUGCUCAGGGAGCCUGUGAGGCUCUGACCCCAUGACUGAUGGAUUGAUAUUUAAUCCAUGGACUGAUAUUUAAACUGAUAUCCUGAAGGGAGCAAUACAGAUGGUUGACUCAUGACUGACCCAUACAUGACUGAUGGACUGAUUAUUUAAUGAUAUCCUGAAGGGAGCAAUAUAGAUGGUUCGCCCCAGAGGGUCUGUGAUGAAUCGAGUCAGGGUCAUCCAUCUCAGACUUGAUGGGGACUCAUCAGAAUUGAUAGACGUAUGAGCUGAGGAAUCAUUUAAUUGAAAAGGGCCUUAUAAAACCUAAAUGACUAUAUGUGAACUCCUAGGUGUUUGUUCGGUAAUCCUUUGUCUGACCGUCAGCCGCAUAAGGGGCUGCAGGAUCCUGAGCCUAUCGUGUGUCACCUGGAAGUGGAAAGGGUAGGGUGCAAGGUGAGGCAGAGCCCCAUAAAAAAGCCCUCCAGGGAGACCCAGCAAAACCGUCACCAACCCUACAUCCAGCUCCCAGUAGUUGAACUAUACAUAAAGACAUGGCAGGAAAGAGAAGAACAUUGGAAGUUGGUGGUGACAAUACUAUCUGGUUUUCCCCAAUGGUUUACUCAAGUAAGGCAUUGGGCAGGCAGGGUCCAUGACCUUACAGCACCCAUCCCCAACAGCACCCACUGGAAGCAUUCUGGUUCAAGAAGUAUAGCACUGUGUUGGGAUUUAGAAAGCCCAGAUUCUGGGCUCUGCUAGCCCUGCUAGCUGAGCUGGGCUUUGAGCACAUGACCUCCCUUCUUUAGGCCCAGAUUUCUCAGUCUGCCUUUAAUCUUGUCUAUUUAGAUCAGACAUUUUUAAGGCCAGUUGUCCCCACUGCCUUUCACAAGGAGACCCUUAUCUUAUGUGGGUUCUCCAGUCGGUAGUAUAAUAUUAGUGGUCAUGUCUGAUAAUUGAAGUAAUAAUGAACAAAAACAACUCAUUUCAAUGAAAGCCACUCUGGAGAUAAUAUUUUUGAUCUGAUGCUGUAUAUAAUAAUGGUUACACACAAACCUUGGAACAGAAAACCUAUAGCAAUUAAUGCCUGCUCCUGAGACUUGGGUGAAAACAAUGUAUGAGAAUUUUUUUUCUUUUGCAUCAGUACCAAUGAACUAAGAAUUGUUCCAAGAAAUACUAGAAAACAAAAAGAAAGUAGUGAGGUUUAAUUUGAUGAUAUCUUUUACUGGAUCAACUGUACAAUUGAGAGGGAUGUUAGACAAGGUUUCAGGUGCAAAGUACCCUUCCAUGAGUCUGCUCAGGUCUGCAAGAAAUGCUAAAGCACUUUGUCACGGCGGAGUCCUGCAGGAGGGCCGUGAUCUCGAGGCCCCUUCCUCUGUGCCAAGUCGGCCCAAGGGCACCCUCAGAUUCUCGCCCGCCACGUCUUUGAUGUUUAGGUAAAGUUGGGAGGCUGCCUCACGUCUCCAUGGGCACGGUUAGCUGGGACCUCUGUCCCCGUGUUUUCCCGGACCCACUGGGGGUCUCCCUGUAUGAUGGGUGCUUCCCAGGCACCCUAGCCUUAUGGGCUACGCGUGGCUCCAACCACCCGAUACCACGCCCCAAGCCUCGCAGAUGGGAUAUACGUUGGUCUGUCUCUCUGUCUAUAUGUGUGCCCGUCUCCUGGGCUCUCUGAGCCCCCCUCAGGGCCUUCUCUGUGAUGUCACCCCUCUCUAGGGCCUCCUGUGUACACCUGCCCACUCUCUUGGGCCUCCUCUGUCGUGCUGCCCCCCUCUUGGGCUCUCCGAGCCCACUCAGGGGCUCCCUGUAAUGUCACCCCUCUCUGGGGCCUUCCCUGUAAUGUCACCCCCUUUCCUGGGGACUUCUGCGCCCCCUCUGGGACGUCUCAUCAAGCCACCUGUCUCUCAGGCCCAACCGCACUGCUACCCCCACUCUCCAGGGCUCACCGCACCACUACCCCCUCUCUCUCAAGGUUCACCGCAGUACACCGCCCUUCUCCGGGGUUUUCUGCAGCACUAGGCCUUCCUCAGGGCUCACCGCGCCCACCCUGGGGCUUUCUAAUAAUACUGCCCCCUCUCUGGGGCUUGCUGUGCCCACGCUGGGCUUCCUAAUAAUACUGCACCCUCACUGGCACCGAGGUUCCCACACCGCUGGGGGUUCCCCCUGAGUAUGCUGUGCCUGCUCUGGCACUGGGGUCCUCACCCUUCAUUGCGAGUCCCCAAUGAGUACACUGCACCCUCCUCAGACACUGGGGCCCCCACCCCUCUGGGGGUCCCUAUGAGGCCUCCUCCAACCCCUUAUAGCCUCACCCUAUAAACAAAACAAAACACAAGCCCCUAGGCUGCAACAUAACUAUAAGCCGCCUGGCUAUAACCACAUUGCUCCCACAUCUUAGAGCUGCCUCCUGUUAUCUGGCUCAGGCAGUACCUGCAGUUCUCACUACUUCUCGCAUCCCUACUCCAGGAGCUCCUGCCUCUCUGGCUGCUGGCAGGGAACCACCAGCCUGGCCUCAGCUCUGGGCUUUAUAAGGGCCAGGCCUUGCCCCUUACCGCCAGCUAACCGCUGUCAGGUGUGGGUCAUUCGCUGCCUCCAGUUGCCCUGGCAACCUGCAGCUGCGCUCGUUAUGUCCUGCCAGGGUUCUCUCUCCCUGGCAGUUUCCACUCUCUAGGAGCAGGGCACCUCUGUGCUCUGCGGCACACCUGAAAACUAUUUUUGAGAGAUUUUCUAAGUGAGUUGAACACAACAGAGAAAGAAAAUAACCUGCAGUAGACUAAAGGUCUCACAGCAUGUUCCUGGGAAAUAUUAAUUCAUUUCUGCUAACUGCUGGUAAAUAUGAUUUCAAGCACUUAUCCACGGAGGGGACAAUGAAAUGCAUUAAGCUGGAUACAUUCCCUGGAAAUCAUUCCAUUUUAUCUGAUCUGCCUGGGAGCCAUGUAACGGAGAUUCUGUUGUGCUAGGUAAAAAAAAAAACCUAAGUCAGUUUGAAUGACUACCAGAAAGGAAGGAGUAUGACCCAGUAAAUAGACAGGGAACCUGACCAGGAAGUGAGACACUCACGUGCUAAUCCCAGUUUGGUCCCAGGUGUUUCAUGGCCUUGGACAAGUCACACCCUCUCUGAUCCUCAAUUCCAGCAUUUGCAAGAGAAGAAUUAUUGACCUAUUCAUCCACAUCGUGGAUGAAUAUUUUUUAGUUUUACAAAGUGAAAAGUGCAGCAUGUUAUAUCCUUAACAAAAUUACAUACAGAGUCCCUCCUGCAAGUACCACGGAGCAUUUUAUGCUGAAACUGAUUAUUAAUUGCAUUCUAGCAUCCUCUGCAAGAUGCCCAAAAUGUUUUAAAUAGUCCCAGCUAAUGGCAACCAAAUAGCUGCUUUGAGAUGAAUCACUUAUAAUUAAAGAAAUAUUUUUGC